CAAGAUGUCCAGCCCAGCCUUCGUUCGUCACCUUCCGGAGGAGCUUCAGGUGAUGCCUUUCAGUCUGAGAAUCAUGAGCCUUAUCGGAGUGUGGGGUUCGCGGGAUCGCUUUUACCGAUUUUGUAUAAUUUUCUCGUAUGGAAUUAUUAUUGUACUGUUUCCAAAAGCGGUUCUAGGAAUAGGAAGCAGCGAUUACGGAGCGAUUGCAAAGGGAAUAGGCGAAUUUUUGUUUGAAUUUGUAAUAUUUGCUUUUAUGGUGAUUUUUGUCACCAAACGAAGGCAUUUUGAAGCGAUGAUCUAUGAAUUGACCGAUAUGUUUAAAAAAGUUACUUUCAGAGAGCAGACCAGGAACUGCACAGAGAUAAUCAUCAAGCAAAACAUCCAACUUAAAAAGUUCUACAACAUUUCUGUUAUGUAUUGCGGAUAUGCAGCAAUUGCGUACUGUCUUCCUUCGUUUUGCAUCAGUCAUUGGAGAUAUUGGACCUCUAAGUAUUAUAACUGUUCGAACCCAUUGAUUUUCGAUCUACCUAUGGAACAAGAAUUUUACGGACUGCAAAUCCGUACCAACUUUCUACACUACCACAUUUUUCUGCUGCUUUCAUUACUGUCCUACUGUACGUCCUCGUCGUUCACAUUUGUCAAAACUACCACGCCGCUCUUCAUGAUGAAGUACAACACUUUGGCUUAUCGACUUGUCGCAGCGAAAAUUCGAGAAUUACCAAAUCAUUUAGCGGAAUCAAAGCAAUCGGAAAUUUCAAAAUCCGACCUAAUCGAAGUCGUUCAACUGCAUCGACAAGCUUACAAGGUUACCAACUUGAUAGAAAACAUCUGUCAAAUCCCGAUGGCGCUUCAGUUUCUAACAUGCAUCUUGUUCUGGUGCCUGACCAUGUUCUACGCUUCAACGAACGUCAACUUCAACCUGUUCAACGUGGCGCUGGCAUUCUUCCUGUCACUGCUGGAAACGGCCGGCUAUGCCUACUUGGGUUCGGAGCUGAUCGAGGCGGCGGACUCGGUUGGCGCGGCCAUCUACGAUCUGCCGUGGUACGAGGAUUCGGUUGAGAUGCAGCGGUUUUACCGGUUGAUGAUUCAAAGGACACAGCAAAGGACGUGCGUUACGGGGGUGCGGUUUUUCGUCGUGGAGUUGACGAGCUUCAGCAAGGUGAUGAAUAUGUCCUACUCGUACUAUUUGAUUUUGAAGGAUGUUCUGAACAAAUUGUAAACAUUUUGAUAACAAUUUUAAGAAAUCAAUACAAACAUUUC